AUGGCAGCACAACUAAACUUACCGGCCACGAGUACAGGAGUGCUAUUUUCUUCUUAUUGCCACUCAUUAAGUGAUCAUGCCAAGGUCAGGUAUGAGGAGAAGGUCUCUGCCAUUGGGUUUGACCCGUACAGUUUGCACAAAUCGGCGUUUGAUAGCGAUUUAGCUCUAGUGCCGUCGGUGGAGUACCCGGACAUAGUGAAUUAUCUUGUCCUGACAACCUCUUGGGCCACUAACAACCAAAUGAAGGCGUACAAGUCUAUGGAGGCGUACAACUUCUUUGUGUCGGGCUGGGUGGACACCCUGCAGAUGAAAACAGUCAGCCCUGACAAGGUCCUUGUAGCAGCGCGGGUGAAGCAUUCACAAAGAAACACGGCAACACCAUUGAAACCGUGGUUUCUCGCAGAAGAAAAUGGAAACAUUCUCCUCGCGCACUGUGAUUGCAUGGCGGGUGUGAGUGAAGCCUGCUCGCAUAUCGGUGCAAUACUUUUUGCCGCGGAAGUUGGGGCAAGGCUAAGGAAUUCAACAUCCUGUACCGACGUCGAGUCUUAUUGGUCAGCGCCAACAUAUGUCCGAAACAUACCAUAUCUGCCUGCAUCCGGGAUGGACUUUCAGUCGGCAAAGAAAAAACACGCUUUGUUGAUGGAAAACAACGUCACCCCAUCGGCCACACGCACAGUGCCAGAGGGUAACACGGAAGCUGGUACAAGCUGUGAUGAACAGAAGGCAUUUUUCCAGAAGCUUUCCGAAUCAGGUUGUCGUCCAGGCAUCCUUUCCCUUGUCGCUCCCUUCAAUGAAAAGUAUAUUCCAAAGGACAUUGCACUUCCUAAACCAAUCCCUGAACAUUAUAACCCAAGAUAUGCUGAACUAAGUUUUGAUGAGCUAUUAGAGAAGUGUUCCGAAGUAAAUGAAAAUCUCUCUCUGACACCAGGCCAAAUCCACGCAAUUGAAGAGAGCACACGAGACCAGGCGAAAUCAAAUGUCUGGUACAGACAAAGAGCUGGUCGCAUUACAGCGUCCAAUCUAAAGGCUGCUUGCCACAGUAACCCAGAUAAGCCAUCUAAAUCUGUGGUUAUGGGUGUAUGUUAUCCGCAGACACAACGUUUUGUCAGCCCGUUUACAAAUUGGGGGCAGUUGCAUGAAAGUACAGCACUGAAAGUAUAUGAAGAGAGAAUGAUUGACAACCAUGAAGGUUUCCAAACUUACGAAAGUGGCCUACAUAUCAACAAUGACUGGCCUUAUCUAGGAGCAACACCUGAUGGUUUGGUUGAAUGUAAGUGUUGUGGGAAAGGGGUAUGUGAAAUGAAGUGUCCAUUUACUGCCAAAGAUCUCCUGCCAACUGAUUUAGCAAAUACCAGAAACUUCUGCUUGAAGAAAACCAAUGACAUAGUUCACCUUGACCGCUCACAUGCUUACUACUACCAAGUACAGGCACAGAUGUUCAUAUGUGAUGUAGAGUAUUGUGAUUUUGUGGUAUGGACAAAGAAGGGGGUGUUCAUUGAAAGAAUCCUACCAAAUGCAGAGUUUUGGGAUAGUGCAACGUUGAAAUCUAAGGAGUUCUUUGACAAGGCAAUCCUCCCUGAAAUUGUUGGCAAGUGGUUCUCCAAAACCGAAUCAUCAGGAUGAAAAAUAAACAUUAAAUGUUCAUAAUGUUCACCAAGAAAGAUAAACAACAUCAACAUAUAGUGAUAUAUAAUGGUCUUUGUUAGUCUGGUCUCAGGAGACCAUCUGUGCAUAUAUAAAAGUGUACACAUAUUUCAGAACCAGACCUAUUUCUGUAUCUUCACUUCUAAGUAAGAAAUUGCCUAGCAAUAUUGAUACAAUAUAUAAUAUAAGACUGUGUACAUAUAUGUCAGAACCAGACCUGUUUGUAUAUAUUUGCUAUUAUAAUGCAAGUAUUGAAGUGCAUAGCAAUAUUGAUACAAUAUAUGAAACAGUGUACAUAUAUUUAAAAAAACAGGCCUAUUUCUAUACUCUUAAUACUAUAAUGUAUUAUAAUGCCCAGCAAUAUUGAUGCAAUACAGUAUGUAAUAUGAUAUACAAUAGUGUAAAUAUAUUUCACACCAAGGCCUGUUUGUAUAUCUUCACUACUCCAUGUAAGUAUCGUAGAGCAUAAGCUACAUUGAUACAAUACAUAACAUUGUUGUAUAUGUUACCUAUGUUGUGAGAAUUGUUGUAGCAAUGUUUGGCAAUAUUGAUACAUAUGUAUUCAUAACCUGGCCUGUUUGUAUAUCUUCACUACUAUAAUAUAAGUAUUGUAGAGCAUGAGCUAUAUUGAUACAAUACAUAACAUUGUUUGUAUAUAUUACAUAUGUUAAGUGAGAAUUGUUAAAGCAAUGUUUGGCAAUAUUGAUACAUAUGUAUUCAUAACCUGGCCUGUUUUUAUAUCUUCACUACUAUAUUUUUAUAUAAAUAUUGUAGAGUUUAAGCUAUGUUGAUACAAUACAUAACAUUGCAUAUGUUACAUAUGUUAAGUGAGAAUUGUUAAAACAAUGUUUGGCAAUAUUGAUACAUACAAUGAUACAUAUUCAUAACCUGGCCUGUUUGUAUAUCUUUACUACUAAGUAAGCAUUGUGAUACAAAGCAAUGUUAAUACAAUACAUGGUAUUUAACAAUAUAGUUAUAUCAUUAUAGAACUGUGCACAUAUAUGUCUAUUAGGAAGGUACAACAGAAUCUGACAAGUUUGUGAGUGCACAGCACACUCUGGUAAUCUUAUCUAUGGGUGCCAGAGCAUCACCAGGUUUAGAUUUUACUAAGGGGAUGGGUAACGUACUCUGCAAAACUGAAUAUUUCCUUCUAACUAGACCAAUAACACGCUCUACAUGUAUUCUUACAUUAGCUAUCUUACGGGUAGUUUCUACUUCUGAUGCUGACAGUUGUUUUUUGCCUUUGGUAAAUGCUGGUAUAUGCAGUUUUGCCCCUUGAAAAGCUACACUAUCUGCUAUAGUAAACCCCCUAUCUGCUAAAACAAUAUCCCCUGGUUCUAACUUUCUUAAAAUCCCACAGUUUUCAGUUAAAUACUUAUCGCUAACCCUUCCCCCCCAGGCCUUAGAUAUAAAAGAUAUACAACCUUGUGGUGAAAUGCCAAUUAGAAAUUUUACAGUAUUGUGGUGUUUGUAAGUGGACCAGGUCAUUGCACGUGCUAUCAGACUGGAAGGGCGUUCAAUGAAAACUUCAAAACAA